AUGAGCUCCGCUUCUAGUAGGCCUUUGCCGUCGCGAAUGACGCUUCAAAUCUUGAAGCAAAAACGGACAAAUGCAUUCCUCGGGUACUCUUUGCUGAAGCGCAAAAGCGACGCGCUUACCUCGAAAUUCAGGAAGCUGCUCAAGGAAACCAUAGAGGGUAAAGAAAAGGUCAUAGAGGGAUUCAAUGAAGCAUCUUACGCGCUUGCCAAUGCGGUUUGGUCGGCUGGAGACUUCAAGUCCCUGGUUGUGGAGUCAGUCGGACGCUCCGCGGUGACGCUCCGCGUCCGCACCGAAAACGUGGCGGGGGUCAUCCUGCCUAACUUCGAGCUCAGAGUUGAUCCCACCGUUGAUGUAAUCGCAAACAUUGGACUAACGUCAGGGGGAAACGUCAUCCACUCUGCCAAAACGGCGUAUCUGGAGUUCCUGGAGACUCUGACGGCAUUAGCGUCCCUCCAAGUUUCAUUCAUGAUGCUCCAGCAAGAGAUCAAAAUGACAAAUAGACGUGUUAACGCACUCGAUAACCUGGUGAUACCCACGAUCGACAACCAUGUGGAAUACAUCAAGCGUGAGCUAGACGAACUAGAGCGUGAAGAGUUCUAUAGAUGGUGCGCAAUAUGA